AUGUCUCGCCCAAUUGAGCCAUUGAAAGAAAUCAAUGAUUCCAAAGAUUUGUGGAAGAUCGUAGUUAGAUGCAAGCAUCUAUGGUCUGUCACAAGUUCUUCAAACAAAGAACACAUGGAGAUGGUUUUGGUUGAUUCUAAACGUGAUAUGAUUCAAGUUGUUGUCCCUGCUUAUUUGCUUUCAAAAUUCAAAUAUGAAAUUGAAACAGGAAACUCUUAUAUCAUGCAAAAUUUUAAAAAAGCAGAAUUUCCCGACAUCCCUCAUAACUACCUUAACAUUAUUGGUUUGAAUUCCAUAGUUGAAGGAAGGUUUCAAUCAAAUGUUUUGGUUGAUUUGAUUGGAGGAAUCACUGAUAUCUCUCAAACCCAAGUUAAUGGUGACAACAACAACAAGAACAAAAUAGUUUUUUUCAAUUUUCAGCUAUAUGACUAUUAUAAGAAUAAUAAGCAAGCCUCUGAUAUUGUCAUUGUGCUAAUCAAUGCAAGGGUUAAAGAGGCUCAAGGAGGAUUUCCAGUUAGUGUUUCCAACACAUGGAAUGGAACGAAAUUGUUGAUUAAUGACCUUGCUAUUGAAGAAGUAAAGAAUCUAAAAGAAAGACUUGGUGUUGAUUUGCCUUUGUUAUCAUCUUCAAGUGUACAAGUUGAGGCAACGCAAAACUCAUUUUAUUCUGACUAUGACAAAUUUGUUUGGAAGGCUGAAAUAAUGAGUCUCUCUGAAAUAACAAAUCUGCAACAUGAAACAACCUGUGUUACCGUUGCUACCCUCGAUAAGUUUGAUGCUGGACAGAUGGGAUGGUACUAUGAUGGAUGUGUGGAAUGCACAAGGAGUGUGACUGCCAAGGAUGGAAAGCUGAAGUGUUUUAAGGAGCAUAUUAGCCCAGCACCUGUGCCACGAUAUACUUUAUAUCCAUUUUCCAUUUCCAACUGGUAUAAGCUUGAUAUAACAGCUGUUGACGGCAGUUCGAAGGCAAAGUUCGUCUUUUGGGACACAGACUGCGUGAAGUUAAUUGGGAACUCUGCUCUUCAAAUGAAGAUGGAUUUAACACAGUCUGGUGAUUACGAUCCACUUGAACUCCCUUACGAACUUGACUCAAUAUUGAAAAAUGAAUUGGCAAUUAGAGCUGUUUAUCAGCCUAAAAAUGGACGACUUUCUGUCAUUGGCUUCAAAACUGAUGAAGAUGUGCGUAAUAAAAUUAAGGACAAUUUCAAAUUUGAAGAGACCUCAAAACUUCGAGCACCAGAUCCUCUGUCCCAGGAUGAUAUGAGUAGCAUUUCUGAACCUGUAUCUGCAUCUGCAGAAAAUGACAUGACCAUUGAAAAUUCAGGACUCACUCCAUGUAAAAGACUUAUAAAUGAUGCAGUAGAAGAUGAUGAUAGUGUACAACAAUCAUCAACCAAGAUGGCCAAAGAUAUUAAAGAGGAGAAAUAG